GAUUUGCAGGAAUUUAUAUAAAGGAAGAGGUGCAGCGUACUGCUGUUCAGCACAUCGACUCCAUUCACAGCAUUCACAUUCGCUCUACAACAACCAGCAUCAUGAAGUCAUUCGCAGCAAUCACUCUUGUUUGCGCGGCGCUCGCUGAAGUUGCCCACGGUCACUACAUCUUCCAGUACCUCACAGCGAACGGUGUCAAGGGCGCUCAGUACCAGAAUAUCCGCCAGAACACCAACAACAACUCGCCUGUCACCGACCUCGCCUCCAACGAUCUGCGUUGCAAUGUUGGCGGUGGAAGUGGAGCAUCAACCACCACGGUCUCGGUCGCUGCUGGAUCAUCAGUCACAUUCACAGCAGACCAGGCUGUGUACCACCAGGGCCCCGUUUCCUUCUACCUGACCAAGGUCAACAGCGCCGCUGCUGCUGAUGGCUCCACCGACUGGGUCAAAAUCAAGGAGAUCGGCCCCACCUUCUCUGGCGGCCAGGCCACCUGGGACUUGAAGGACAACUACGCAGUCACAAUCCCCUCCUGCGUUGCUGCUGGCGAGUACCUGCUCCGCAUCGAGCAGCUCGCAAUCCACAACCCCGGCUCUCCUCCCCAGUUCUACAUCUCCUGCGCCCAGAUCAAGGUCACUGGCGGCGGAUCGAAGACACUCUCGCCCACAACCAAGAUCCCGGGACAUGUCAAGUCAACAGACCCCGGCUUCACUGCCAACAUCUACAACAACUUCAACAGCUACAUUGUUCCCGGCCCGAAGGUUGCGACCUGCUAGGUGGAGAGCGGAUUGUAAUGACUGUCACAUUUUUUGAAAGUUC